GGGGCCAAAGACACCUGUCGGCUAAAGCCCGGCGAAUCUCUGAUUGCGAUAAGAUAAGGCACGUCUGUUCGAAAAGAUUGGAAAAAAAAUCUCGGGCGACGACUCGACAGACAGUAUCUCAGGGCCUUGAACGAACCGCAAAAGGCGUUCGAGUCCGCCAAGUCCACAUGCUCGCCACAAUGCCUCACUCGGAACAAGAAGGGCCUCUGGUCAAGCGACAGAAGCUUACUGUCGCCUCCAAGCCUGCCACCGCGACACGUCAAUCCUCGCGCAUCUUUGCGCCUUUCCGAACUGUCGGCCUCGUCUCCCCCACAAACGUCCCCUUUACUUCGAUUCCCCUCGGAAAGACGACUUUUCAAAUCACGACAUCCGUCGGAAGAGCCCUUCAGACCUACGAUUUAAAGAGAGGUCUCAACCUAGUCUUCGUUACUCGUCCCCAGACCCCAGCCGACAUCACCACGACGCUCGCAUGGAAGGACAAGGUCUUCGCCGCAUGGGGCGACGCCAGGAAGGGCGAGAAGCAAGGACUUUGGGCAUUCAAACGUGGAAAGAAGGUUGAGGAGCUCGAGCUCCCCGAAGACCUCAACGAGCCUAUUCAACAGAUCCUCAUCUUCGGCUCCUGGAUUGUUGCAUGCGCUGUGACGAGACUCGAGGUUUGGAAGUCGGCCACCCUGGAGCACUACACCACACUCUACACCAUGGCUGGCAAGUCGGGCGCCAACGAGAUCACGGGCGGGGUCACGAAUAUGCCGACCUACCUGAACAAGAUCUUUGUUGGUCGCAAGGACGGCUGGGUCGAAAUCUGGAACGUCAGCACCGGCAAACUCAUCUACACCAUUCUCCCUCCGAACCCCGACUGCGGCGCUGUUACCUGCAUGCAGUCCACCACAGCCUUGUCACUCCUUGCCAUUGCCUACGCGAACGGCAACCUGGUGAUCCAGAACAUCCUGACCGAUAAGCCAAUUAUCCAACUCAAGGCCGGCCACGACGAUGAACCCGUUACUUCCAUCUCUUUCAGAUCUGACGGCAUGGGAGCAGGUCACGACGGCCGCAAGGACGGUGUCAUGGCAACCGCUACCGCUGCCACAGGAGACGUCACGUUCUGGGACCUAAACAAUGGAGGCAGGGUUAUGGGUGUUCUGAGGAGUGCGCACAACCCCCCGUCCGGCGACGGUCCGUUGGUACGAGGAGGGAUUAGCAAGGUUGAGUUCCUGCCAGGUCAGCCGGUUGUUGUUACCAGUGGACGGGACAACGCGCUCAAGACGUGGAUCUUUGACGAGACUCCCUUCUCCGCCAUUCCGCGUAUCUUGCACCAGCGCAGCGGCCAUGCCGCACCCGUCAAGUGCUUGGAGUUCCUCCCCUCCGACUUUGAUGGAGCCGAUGCAGGCAACAAGUGGCUCCUCAGUGGUGGUCAAGAUCGUAGUCUUUGGGGAUGGAGUAUGCGACGUGAUGGUCAGAGCACCGAGCUCAGCCAAGGAAACAUCCGCAAGCUGGCAAAGAAGACUGGUAUCCUUUCUGCAAAGGCGAUGGCCAGGGGCCCUACGACGACUCUGGAAGAUCUCAAGGCCCCCGAGAUUACCUGCAUCGCCAGCUCUCUCAACCGUGACGGUGGUAUUGGCGCCUUGCCCGGCAACCAGCCCAUCUGGCAGAAGCAUAGGGAGAACAAGAAGAAGCUCGAUGCCGAAGUCAGCGGCUCGACUGGCUGGGAGAGCGUCGUGACGGCACACAAGGACGACGCUUGGGCGCGUACAUGGUUCUGGGGUCGCAAGAGAGCUGGGCGGUGGGCAUUCCCCACGGGCGACGGCUCUUUUGUCUCUACCAUCGCCAUCAGUCCCUGCGGUACUUUCGCUCUGGUCGGUUCCGUAGAGGGCAGCAUCGAUAUGUACAACUUGCAGUCCGGCAUUCAUCGCCAGCGCUUCCCGUCUAAGCUCACCCCCGCCCAAGCGAGAGCGCUGAAGAUUCAGCAGCUGAAGCAGGCCGACGAUGUUGUGCAGCUUCACACCGAGAAGAACAGUGACUUUGCGCCCGGCACAGGAAGACACACAAAGGCAGUAACGGGUAUUGUGGUGGACUCGAUGAACAAGAACGUCAUCACCUGCUCCCUGGACGGCAAGAUCAAGUUCUGGGAUUUUGUCACGGGUAACCUCGUGCAUCAGAUCAACUGGGCGCCGAUGGCCGCCAUCACCGGGUGCCGAUACCACGCCGCAAACGACCUCAUGGCCUUCACCUGCGACGACAACUCGGUCCGCGUCGUCGACCUGGAGACGAAGAGGACAAUCAGAGAGUUCUGGGGCUGCCAGGACACCAUCAACGACUUUUGCUUCUCCAACGACGGCCGCUGGAUCAUCGCUGCUUCACAGGACCGCGUCGUUAGAAUAUGGGACUUGCCUACCAGCCAUCUCAUCGACGCCAUCCGCCUCGAAAAGCCCUGCACCGCGCUGGCCAUGUCUUCCUCAGGCGAGUACCUCGCCGCCACGAUCGAGAACGAGCUCGGCGUCGCCAUUUGGACCAACAAGUCCCUCUUCACGCACGUCCCGACGCGGCAGAUCUCGGACAAGGAGGCCGCGCUGCUCACGGGACCCACGACGUCCGGCGAAGGCAACGAGGGUCUGCUGGAGGCGGCUUUCACCGAAGACGGUGACGCGGACGCGGAGGACGAGACCGUCGUGGCGCCGACGGUCGAUCAGCUCAGCGCCGAGCUGACGACGCUGUCCCUGGUCCCCAAGAGCCGCUGGCAGACGCUGCUCCACCUGGACCUAAUCAAGCAGCGCAACAAGCCGACCGAGGCCCCCAAGGCCCCCGAGAAGGCGCCCUUCUUCCUGCCCUCUGUCGGCGCCGGGAAGCAGCCGCAGCAGUCACUCAUCGAAGGCGCCGCGGCACCCGAAGCCGAUGCCGCAACGGAGGCAAAGUCCCGCAUCACCAAGCUCGAGCGCGGCCGUAUGCAAGAAGCGUUUACGAGCAAGCUGGACGACGGCGCAGCCUCGGGAGACUUCGACGAUUUCAUCACCCACCUCAAAUCCCUCUCCCCCUCGACGGCAGACCUCGAGCUCCGCUCCCUCUCGCCCGAGGACGGCGGCCUCCUCAACUUCAUCCGCGCGCUGACGAGCCGCCUCGCAGCCCGCCGCGACUACGAGCUCGUCCAGGCCUGGAUGACGGUGUUCUUGCGCCUGCACUUUGACCUCGUCAUGGCCGACGCGGAGCUGCUGGAGGCGCUGGGCGAGUGGAAGACGCUGCAGGCGCGGGAGGCCGGGCGGCUGGACGAUCUGGUCGGGUACUGUAGCGGUGUCGUCGGGUUCUUGCGGAGCCCUAGGACGUAA